CCCUGUCCAACCCUCUUCACACAUUCCCCGCCGCCAAACAAACCUCUCGCCACCACUCUGUCACAGCAUCGUGAACCCUCUCUUGCCUUCAAAUUUCCGACUGACCUCGAAAUUAAAUAAGCGCUAUUGAUGUCUUUGGCGGUGGCGAACAGUGCCGCUAGCUUCGCCACCUCUAUUUUGAAAUCUUGCUUGGAACAUUGCUUUAUUUCCUCAAAUCUCAUACUUUCAACUUGAGCGACAGGAUACACAUGCCAGAAAGUAAGGCGGUGAUUGGUCUGAGAUGGGAGCCCAAGCUCCCUGCAUUGCCUUUCCAAUCUAAAACCACCUCUAUGUCUGGUUCUGGGUCUGUUUCUAGAUCCCGGAAUGAGCCCCAAAGCACUUCCCUCUGGAAACCCAAUCAACAACUCAUCGAUGGCCUUUUUCUACCGCCUAAUGAUCCUUCUAAGGUUAACAAGUUGCUCAGAAAGCAAGUCAAAGACACUGCUGGCACCGCCUGGUUUGAUAUGCCUGCGCCAACUCUCACCCCAGAGUUGAAGAAAGAUCUUCAAUUACUCAAGGUGAGGGGAGCCAUUGAUCCCAAGAGACACUAUAAAAAGGAAUCAAAAUCCAAAGCACUGCCGAAGUAUUUCCAGGUGGGAACUGUGGUAGAAUCUGUGACAGACUACUACUCAGGUAGAAUGACAAAGAAGGAGAAGAAGCCAACCCUUGCUGAUGAGCUGCUUUCUGACCCUGCUGUUAGGCAAUACAGGAAGCGCAAGGUUCGGGAGAUUGAAGAACGUAAUCGACCAGCCGGAAAUGAGAAAUGGAAGAUAAAAGGUCGUCAAACGUUCAAGCGAGCAAAGCAACGAAGGCAUUAAUGUUUCCACACUAUAUGUUGUUUUUGAAUUUUGACCCAUGUUUAUUACUAGAGUGGAAGGAAAGUUUUAUGCCCAAUGUCCCAAGAAACAAGUUGAACUAUGGGAUUUCUUUAUUCUAGAUAUUUUAGCAUUUUGAUUGAUAGUGGAGAGCUAUUUAUACAAAAAUGCAAAGGGGUUUUGAGUAA